AUGGUCCAGCCAACUCACAGCUCUUACAAAGAUUUUACCUCAUAUAGAUCCAAAUUAAACCCCUCACUGUCUAGCCUCAAUCAGUAUCUCAAUCGGGAAACUGGGGUUGAGAGCGUGGCCACAGUCUUAGAUUUCGGGAAGCAUGGGGCGACAUCUCAACAUCAAAUGGCGGAAGGAGGGGAUUUAUCUCUUUUGACCGCUGCGAGCUCCUCGGUUUCCACGAGGAUCAUCCUUAUCGAGGACAUCAGCGCAACACUAAUCAGCAGCGUAGGUACGGCAUUUGAUAUUGACCCUUCCUUCUUUGCCGGCUACAUCAGCACCGAUUUUGAAGCUAUUGAGAAUAAACCGCCAACGCCCUCGCUUGUCACGCUUCCAUCUAUCACUGCUGAAAGGGGUCAGCUUCACCUUCAUUAUCAUCUUGUCAUGGAUUUGGGGAGUGCAGAGAACUUUACUACCGAUACACCUUAUGCGUUGAAGAGCGAUGCAAACGUUGCCCGAAAUGUUAGACGACUUCCACCUUUAUCGGGAAGACAACUCGCUCUUGCCCGCACGUGUUUGUUUCUGGUUGAUUCACCGAUUAAGGUUGUCCUUGAAACUGAGAAAUUACACAACCGCUAUGAUGCCAAACCCCUACAUGGUGGCUACGAAGACUUUAACCCACCGUCGAUAUUCUCGUCAUUCUCGCUUGGGGCAGAAAAGCAUCUAGACUGCAAUCGGUCAAUGGCUGGCGGCAUACUACGCCACUUCUUGACACCUCCAGUGUUCUCACCCGCCUCUCCCCAAAUCCUCAGCAUUAGCUACUACGCUGUUCGAGUGAGCCUGUCUGAGUGGCUGCUCUACACGCUCCUGAUAAGUCGAUACUGUAAGCACUACGAGUACUCCCUCAACGACAUGUUCACAAGGCUCCAUGAUGAUGAUAUCAUUGAUCUACAACGCUGGCGACGUCGAACCAAACAGAGUCGCCAAAAGCUGGAAAUCCUCACACACUUCAUUGAGUACUGGGGGCAGGGGCUCGACAAACAGGCCGGUAAUAUGAUGCUGAGGGACAUACAGUAUAUCCAGAAGCAAUUGGACGACUAUAGUCGGUCACUCGAGCAGAUGCUCACAGUAGCAACCUCGAUGGUACAGCUCCUCGACUCACGCCGCUCGAUCCUGGAGGCUGUGAGUGUCAGGCGACUAACGUACAUUGCGCUCGUUUUCGUGCCAUUGUCUUGGGUUUCAAGUCUGUUUAGCAUGUCGGACACGUUCCUGCCAGGGCAUAGCCGGUUCUGGGUGUAUUUUGCUGUGGCACUUCCGUUGAUUUCUCCCCGGAGUCGAUUGUUUUUCCGUAUUUCAGCACAGCACCAAUCGCGAAUCCCACGUAACUUUUCCCUGUCACCGCUUUGGAAUCAUCGAAUCGCGCAUCAAACCCGUCAGAUUACGACGUCACCAAAACCCAGCGGCCCUGUUACGUCAAUCGGCGAGAUCAGGCAACGUUGUGGGCUGAUGUUCAGCAGAGAUGACCUUCAGCAUAUUGUCGCCUGGGUUGGUCUUUUCGGUUCAUUCUCACGUAAUAAACAAACCACACUCAGCGAUGUCGAUCUACUCAUGGGUUUCAAGAAGGACGCGUCCGACGACGAUAUUUACUUCAUGGGAGAUUUGACACGAGAGUUGAAAGGCGUGCUUGAGAGAGAUGUUGAUGUGCUCUAUAUGCGAUAUCAACAACCCCCAAGCUUUAUCAAAUGCCAGGCUUUAAUCACUGAAAGACUGCUCUCGGACACACAAACCAAAUUUGUCGAGGCUUUGCGUUUGAUGAAGCAAAUGGUUGGAAGCCUAGCGCCUCUUUCCCAGAAGGAAUUAUACACAUCCCCCUCUUUCUUUGCUGACCUGAUCGUCAAUUUGGAGAAACUGCUUCAUCUACUCCACUCAGAAGACCAAGAUGCCGAAGGAAUAAAUAACUAUUUCGAUAUUCUUUAUGAAUGGACGAAGCCGCUUCCUCCAAUCAUUCAGCGGUACCAAACGGGAGACCUCCAGUCUUUGGAAGGAGAGAACCGGGAGCGCCUUUGGCAUCUUUUGACUACGGAUCUGCCAAGGCGUGCUCGCUCGCUCCAGAAUAUAUACCUACCUAUUAUCCAAGAAGUUUUUGAUAUGAAAAAAGCGCAAUUGGAUUCUUACACGACGGAAGAGCGUCACAUCUUGUCGCGUAAUAUUACUGUGUGA